AGGACGGCCCGCGUCAACAUGUCGUUUUGAUCACAAGUACUGAGGUUGUGAAAGUCCUACUAGCUGUGAGCAUUACCUCUGGUCAACGUGUCUGCUAUACCUCCCAUCAUUGAGCUGGCCACAGGUAAUACUCGGAGAUUGUUCGUACUACCUGAGGGCCUACCUGAGCACUUCACUGGAGGAGUAGUGUCAUACUCAUGCUAUCACUCAAUCACAAAGCAGCCAGUUUUAGCAUCUUCGACCAAGUCUCCAGAAAUCUAGCCAGCAUAGGCUGCAUACCCUUGUCAGACUAUCUAUACGGUCCCCCUUCCAUACCUGCAGCAGCAGCAUCGCAGCAACCGCCCCUAGAUGUUUCCAUUCAACAACUUCAGCCCUCAGUGCCAGCCAUAACCAAGACAUCAGUAGACACAGUCUCAGCAAACGCCAUCAGCCGUUUACAUCAGACAUCUCAACGCACAUUCGGAUCCAUUGAACCACUCAAAUUUGAAUUCAUCGAGGAAGCCGGCCAACGCAGCAAGAAAUGCAUAUUGACAAUAUCCCGUCCCAACGGAAGCACUCGUUCUUAUGCAACCGACCCCAUCUAUUCUCGCAAAUCAGAAGCAAAAUCUGCUGCUGCCACUCUUGCGAUCGAAAUGGGCGCAUUGGAUUUCAUCACCCACGGAGAUCCUGAAGAGCUCAAAGUCAAACGCGGACUCGUCCUCGCAUCCAUCAAUAGCUCAGCAAAUCAGGAGAGUACACGAGAAUCUGAAAAUGCCCAGGAACCAAACUUUAAUAAUGCGGUGGAGCAAAUCGAAACCUGCUGCGUAGAAUGGCGAGGCGGUUCCAUCGCACCGCAUUGGGUGGCAUUGUUGGAGCCCAAAUUCGGUCACACCCAAGGAUGUGCCCUCAGAAUCAAGCUUUCCCCACACGUGGUCAAGGUCUACGCAUCUGAUACCAUCUACGACACCUAUAACGAAGCAAAGGCUGCGUGUGCCGACGCCGCUCUUCGUGAGGGCGUGCUCGACUUUAUCAAAUACGGCAACGGCCAACUACGCCCUGCAUCCCCCCAACUUUACCCACACUCCAGUUCCUCCGACAUCAAUGGCGUCUCAGCCAACAAACAACCUCCUCUGACUCUGCAAGGAUUCUACGAGUCCCUCCCCCGCCCAUUCCCCGAAUCAUUCGAAAGCAAAGAUGCCAACGAAAUCGGUGCGCCUGGAUAUAUGAAUUCCCUCGUACAGAACGCAAGAGGCGGCAAGUUGACUACCACUUUCAUUUUCACUUCAGAUGGCACCCCCGGACUUCACGGCUGUUUCCUCCGCUUGGACAGACCCACAGAAUACCGAGCAUACCUCGUUGAUCCAAGAUUCCCAAAACGUGCAGACGCAAAAGCGGCUGUAUGCCUCCAAGCUUUGUCCCAAGGCGCUGGAGAUCACAUGCGCGCGAUUGGAAAGGCUGUGGAAGCGAGAGUCACGCCUUUGAUGAAGUCGUGGGUGAACGAUCAAGUAUAUCCAGUGCUUUUAUCCGAGUAUAAUAAGAUCAGGAGUCGACAUCCUGGUUUUACAUAUGAGAAAGAGAAAGACGCUUUCGGAUGCACGAUGACGCUCCACCUCGCUGCCGAUCCCACCCCCGACCAAACACGAAGUUGGACAGUAGCGAAUGACUACCGUAACAAAGCAGAUGCAAAAGUAGCCGUCAUAUGCACUGCGAUCGAACAGGGCGCCAUCGAGUUCAUCCGGUUUCGAGGUCAGCCUGCUCCUCUUGGAUAUACCAUCCCGUAUUCUCUGCAGACUUUCGACCCGGAAUCGUCUCAGAAAUCUAAUGGGAAGCGAAAGAUGGUGGAGGACGCGCAGCCUCAGGGUGAACCUGAGAAACCUACAAAACGACAGAAGAAAACAAAACUUGAUGGUGCCAACACCUCAGACGCCCGUCCAAAAAAACACGGUAACAGGAAAGAGAAAGAGAAAGAGAAAGGGAGUAGUACCGUCCCUCCGCAUCAACAUUUCAUGCCUCACUCGUUUUAUUCCGGGCAAGGUGGUUAUGGGUAUCCGCUUUCGGUACAGCCUUUUGCUGGUGCUUCGAGCUCGCAUAUUGGUUUUGGAGGUGGUGGCUUUGAGGUUGGGGUUGGGGGUGCGGAGGCGCCAAGUAAUUCAUCUGAGCCGGAACCCGGCGAGGUUGUUUGA